GGUAAACUUACGGUACAGUUUAUGGACUUAACAAUUGACUUACAAGAUUUUUCACGCAAGAACGUCUACGAAAUGGUCGAAACAACGGCAUAUUUUGAAGCUUAUAAUCCUAUCUUAGAAGGAUUACAACAAACCAAAGACGAGGACUUGCCAUUUCAGGUGGGUAUAAUUAUGAAGAAUAUCAAACUUGAAGGUAUAAUAAAGUUAUCAAAAGUAAAGGAAGCUCCGGACGUGUAUGCAUGUAAGCACCGUUGCACAUCAAUCUCCUCCGACAGCCACAGACACCCCCUUUGGCAAAAAACCUAUUUAUUUUAUACCUAAAGGUGGAGUAAUACGGGCAACAAAAUUGCUGCAACUUGCAACAAAAUCUGAUUUCUACGCAUGUUAAUUAAAAAUGUUUGCACAUACAUUACAAAUCAUGAGGCAACAUGUGUCCACAUUUCUAUUUAAUUAACAUGCGUUGAAAUCAAAUUUUGUUGCAAGUUGCAGCAGUUUUGUUGUUCGUAUUACUCCAGCUUAAUUUAUCAUAACUUAUAACCGUACGGCAGUUGGAAUGACUGUCAUGUUAAUUUUAGUAAUAAUAGCGUUGUCAAUGAUAUCUUUUGUGGGUUGUAAAAGCUAUAAAAUUACUUGAAAAAGUGCAAUUAUGGGCUAUUUUUAUCAAUUUUAUGAUGGGCUAUGGUCAGAGGAACAUACUUCUUCAACCCGUGCGUAAAAAAGAAUUUUGGCUUUUGACCAAUACAUGUGAAAAUAAGCUAAAACACGAAAACAAGGCUGAGGGGCCACUAAGAGGAGCCAUGGCCCCUCAGCCUCGUUUUCAUGUUUAAUUUAAGCUUAUUUCCACAUUUAAUAGUCAAAAUCCAAAAUUCUUUUUUGUGCAUGUGCUCUCGAAGAAUGUUUUGCUUCUUUAACCUAUGGCUCGUGAGAAACAAACUUGAAAUCUAUUCCAUUUAAAGUGGCCUUAAUUUGAAAACAGUGACGUAAUUACCGGAAAGGUCUAUUUGCCUCCACAUGCAAGUCAUAUACAGCUACUGACCAAACCCGAAUAUGAAGCAAUUUCUUUUCAGCAUUUUCAUUGUCCAAAUUCUUCAAUUUAGUGCCUGAAACAUUCUCGUACCCAGAGCCCCUCGUCACUCUCCGUUGACCACGCGUAAGACAGACUCUGGAUACGAGAAUGGUGCCUGAAAGUGCAGAAAAUGGUAUUUCCUAGCCUCAAGUUUUCAAAUAUUUCCGAGGGACUAUGCUCCGGACCCCCUAUAUUUCAGCCGUCGUGACUACAAAUUUCUGCUGUGACCUGAAUUCGAUCAUAUUUUGCUUGCCAUGUUUGCAUGUACUCAGUAGCUGAAAACAAAGGUACUUAGCGUAGUUGAAAAUUAGCACCCUUAAAAAAGAUGAGGUUUUACUUUUUAUAGCGAUAUUAGUGUCUUCUUUUGUACCUUUGUUCAUACCAGUGUCCCAGAUUGUUUGUUAAUUAUAUUGGCCCAUAUUAAUGAGUUUUGCUUCUGUUUCUGCAAAGGAAACAUUUUUACAAAAUAGCAACGUUUUAUUUUGUCUUAUGGGCGGGUGCAAUUUUACGAUAUCUUGACUGUAUAGUCCUAUUGAUAGGUUUCUCUUGACGGUAAAUUUUGUUCCCAAAGUUUAUAAAGUUGUAUUUAAAUUCUUUUUAUCUGUCGGCCAGAAAUGGGGAAUAUACGAAACAUAUAAACUUAUAGAUUGCUGUAGCAAAUAGUCUCUGAAGAAGCUGUAUAAAUUUAUCUUUUUCAGAGGUAUCUGAUAGACUGCAAUAAAGACAUUCAAGCUCCGCAAUAUCUGAGGCGUAAUCGCUUUGUGUCAGCUGCACCAAGUUUUGACUUUUCUUCAAUCCUAGUUGACGAUGCUUCAUCAAAUGCGUCCGCACAUUCAGAGAGGCUGCUUCGCAACCUUUCAUUAUAUGGUAAUCCGAAAUGCAAUUUUCAAAUUAUUUUUUUGAAAGUAUAAUCAUCAUUAUCAUUUUUACCUUAGGAUACAAUGCUCACCACAAGGUUCCUCAAUUUAAAGAUGUCCCCGUACUUGAUGUUCAUCGUUGGCCAAGUAAAGAGCAGCUGGGUCUUGAUGAAUCCCAGUAUGAAGCAUUGAAAAUUGCUCUGACAAAAGAAGUAGCUGUUAUACAAGGACCACCAGGAACUGGGAAAACAUUCCUCGGUCUUAAGGUUUGACUAAGUUCUUUGAAUACCACAAAAUACCGA